AAACAGUAGUGCGUCAAAAUGAAAGCUCUUUUCCUGCAAUUUCUAUUCUCCCUCUUCUUGCAUUCCAUGCCCAACAUUUCCCUUGCAAGGGAUACAAUCACUUCCACUCAAUCCCUCAAAGAUGGAGACACCAUCAUUUCAUCUGAUGGGAGCUUUGAGAUGGGGUUUCUCAGCAUCCCUGCUGGCUCCAUAAACCGAUACGUCGCUAUAUGGUACAAACAAAUCCCUGUUCCAACACUAGUAUGGAUUGCCAACAGAGAAACUGCCCUAACUAACACAACAUCAGCAGUCUUCAAGAUCCUCAACCCGGGCCGAUUAGUUCUCACUGAUGGCAACAAUGGCAUUAUAUGGUCAUCUAACAAAUCAAAAUCAGCUCAGAAUCCCAUUGCACAGCUCUUGGAUUCAGGGAAUCUUGUGGUGAGAGAUUCAGAAGAUGAAAACCCGGAGAAUUUCCUCUGGCAGAGUUUCGAUUACCCAACAGAUACCUUUCUCCCAGGCAUGAAGCUUGGGUGGAAUUUAGAGACAGGCAAGGAGGUAUAUAUCACUGCAAGGAAAACUGAAGAUGAUCCAUCUUCUGGGCAAUUCACAUUCCAUAUUGAUCCAACAGGGUACCCACAAGGAGUAAUCAAGAACGGCCUCGAAAAGACAUACGAAACAGGGCCCUGGAAUGGUCUGAGGUGGAGUGGAACACCAGAAAUAAGGCCAGAUAAUCCUCAUUACAAGUACCAAGUACAAAUGAAUCCCCGGGAGGUUUAUGCCCGAUACGACAUCAUUAACAAGUCCACUAUAGGAAGGUUUGUUAUAACUAGCUCUGGUGAUUUCCAGUGCUUCACAUGGUCAAAUGAGACUCAAAGUUGGAUCAGUUUCAUCAAAGCUCCAAUGGAUGUUUGUGACAACUAUGAUAAAUGUGGGGCAAAUGGGAUCUGUAACGUCGAAAAUUCCCCAAUCUGUGGAUGUAUGGAAAAUUUUGUGAAUAAUACUAAAGGGGGAUGGGAUUACUGGUCCGACGGUUGCCAUAGGAGGAUACCUCUGAAAUGCAAGAAUGGAACAGAUGGGUUCAAGAAGUAUUCCGGGGUAAAAUUGCCAGACACUACACAUUCUUGGUUUAACAAAACUAUGAACCUUAAAGAGUGUGAGCAGAAGUGCUUGAAGAAUUGCUCGUGCACCGCUUAUUCGAGUCUCGAUUUGAACAAGGGAGAAACAGGUUGUUUGCUUUGGUUUAACGACUUAAUUGACAUUCGACUACUGUCUCAGAAUGCGCAAGACAUUUACAUCAGACUUGAUUCCUCCGAGGUGCCAAAGCCAAUUACACAGGGAUCUCAGGCUAGCCGGAAGUGGAAGAAAGUAAAAAUCAUCUUAGGAUGCUUGUUACCACUAACUAUACUGAUCCUGCUAGGUCUAUGCCUUGGUUUGUACUUUCACAAAAAGAAUAAGAAGAAAAUGAUGAAGCUAAAAGAAUGGUUAGAACUACCAACUUAUGAUUUGUCUACUAUAUCAAGAGCUACAAAUAACUUUUCAGAAAACAACAAGCUUGGGGAGGGUGGAUUUGGAGCUGUUUACAAGGGUGUUAUGGAUGAUAAACAGGAAGUUGCGGUGAAGCGGCUCUCAAAGACUUCGACACAAGGAGUACAGGAGUUCAAGAAUGAAGUCAUUUGUAUUGCCAAGCUUCAACAUCGGAAUCUAGUAAAGCUUUUAGGGUGUUGUAUACAAGGAGAAGAAAAGCUUUUAGUCUAUGAAUACAUGGCAAAUAAAAGCUUAGACAUCUUCAUAUUUGAUGAAGCAAAGGGCAAAUUACUUGAUUGGCCAAAGCGCCAUUCAAUUAUCAAUGGCAUUGCACGAGGAUUGAUGUAUCUCCAUCAAGAUUCUCGACUAAGAGUCAUUCAUAGAGAUCUCAAAGCCAGUAACGUUUUGUUAGAUAGCAACAUGAAUCCUAAGAUUUCGGACUUUGGGCUAGCAAGGAGUGUUGUAGGGGAUGCAACACAAGCAAAUGCAAGUCGUAUUAUGGGAACACAUGGAUACAUAUCCCCAGAAUAUGCUGCUGACGGAAUAUUUUCCAUAAAAUCAGAUACAUUUAGCUUUGGAGUGUUAUUGUUGGAGAUUGUGGCUGGGAAAAGAAAUAGAGGAUUUUCCCACCCAGACCACUGUCUUAACCUUAUUGGUCAUGCAUGGAAGUUGUAUAAGGAAAACAUGUCGUUGGAACUAAUUGAUGUACACCUAGCUCCAUCUUGUGAUCUAUCUCAAGUUCAAAGGUGUAUCCAUGUAGGACUACUAUGUGUCCAACAACGUUCAGAUGAUAGACCAACCAUGUCUUCUGUAGUAGCAAUGUUGUCCAAUGAUAGCACCCUACCUGAAGCAAAAGAGCCAGGAUUUUUCACAGAACGGAGAGUGAAUGAAGGUGAUUACUCUUCAAGCACUCAAGGAAUAAGUUCAAAAAAUGAAUGCACCAUCACUGCCUUGGAUCCUCGGUAGGGCACAAACAAUAAAAUCCUAGCAAAGUAUGUAGUAAUUUCCCUUUUAAUUUGGUAAAGUAGUGUUGUUGUACCACUUUUUGUUCUCAUUUUCAUAAUAUGUGGUGGAUGUAAUUCAUGGUUGGAUGUAUAUGUGAAUGCUUAGUCACUUUAGUCUAUAUGUUUUUUGUUUUUGCUUGGUAUAUUUUUGUAAGGUGUACGUUCUUUAUGUAAUUUAACAUUUUUCAAAUUCAA